GAUUGUAAUUGAAAACCCGUAUAAUAUUACUGAAAAAAAACUUUCAUAAUUUACACAGGAACUUUGAACUCUAUUUGUAUGUCACUUUAGGUUCACAUUCCCGACUCCACCUCCAGCCAAGAGCCUUCUAGCGGGUCUAGAAACUUUAUACGCGUUGAAGGCAAUAGACAAACAUGGGGAUCUAACGCCAGACGUGGGCGUGAUAAUGGCGGAGUUGCCGGUCAAGCCGAUGUGUGCCAAAAUGCUUUGUAAUAGUGGUGAAUAUGGAUGUAUUGAAGAAGCGUUGUCUAUAGCGGCCAUGUUACAAGUGGACAGUGUCUUUGUCAAGUCUAGUUCAGGCAGAGAGAAUAUUGCUGCCAAGAUGGCCAGGAGAAAUAAUUUUGAGGUUGCGGAAGGCGAUAUAAUAAUGUAUUUGAACGUGUUCGACUCGUAUAUGAGAGUGAAAUCGUCGAGUUCCGACGAGAAAACGUCGAGAAAGGCGUGCAAAGACUGGUGUCAUAAGAUGUAUCUCAAUUAUAGAGUACUGGAAAAGGCUUAUGAAAUACGAACGAGUCUUGAAAAAUUAAUAAAAGACAAAUUCAAAAUGGAAAACAAAACGUUCGAAGGGCCCGAUCUAGGGAGCGGUAAAUGUGUACGUGUAAUGAAAUGCGUGCUCUCUGGAAUGUUCCCACAAGCGGCAUAUUUAAGUUUAGACUCGAGUUACCGCGGCGUGAGGGGGGCGGCUCUAUACAUCAGCCCAGAUAGCUGUCUCUAUCACACACAACAACCCUCAUGGGUCGUAUUUGCUAGCGUACAAGCUACAGGAGAUAAGACCUACAUGAGGGAUAUGAUGACAAUAGACAAAACCUGGCUCCUGGAGAUAGCGCCACAUUAUUAUAAAGAGAGUUGAUAUUAAACGAAUAUACAAUGGUUUAUGUUUUA